AAUGCGGAAGUUUGGGCAGGAGCUACUGCCCGGACAGCGGACGUAGGGUGGAGUGUGGUCCAGCGGAGGGCAACAUGGAGUCUGGUUCUAGUGAGGAGAGAGAGCACGUGUUACCAAACCUGGAGCCACGGCACAGGGAGCUGGUUCCAACGCUGUGUGGUCCGAUCAAGCAAUGUUCAGAACUGUCCUGGUUAGAGAAGAGCUACAUCGCUAUGGCAAUCUUGUCUCUCCUGGUCGUCUUAGGCACCAAUAUUGCAAGUAUUGUACGUCAGAGCAAAGCUGAAGAGACACAAGUGGACUGGGAGGGUGUUGCCAUCUCAGGGAUACAGCUCAUUGGUGUAGUGUUCUGCAUUUACUAUGUGUUGCGUGGGGUGCUGCAGGAGAACCAACAGGAGCUGGGGGCCUUCGUUCUGUCCGUGUUGUUGGUCUUGGUCCGUUCCAUUGUGAACUUCAUUGUGGCUAGACCGGAGGAAAAGAAAACUGUGCAGGUCAAGUUUGGUUGCAGCAUGGCGUUCGGAAUAUUUCUGAUGUUUGUAAGUGUCGCCUACCUGAUGAAAAGACCCAAACUCAUGGCCUUCCGAGUAGGGGGGGCCCUGGAGAGUGAGCAGUCCCGCUACAUCACCCAGAACCUCUGCUUUUCCUUGGUCACCUUUGAUCUUCAGGUCCAGCUCUGCCUGUACAUUCUCCUGAUCGCAUUGCCUCCUCAUCUCUCUUUGUGUGACACCAUCAUCUUGGCAGUGGGUAUCCUCUGGGCAAUCAGCAAAGCUUUACUUGGCCUCAAAGCGAUUUUAAGAGAAAAGAAGCAUCUCAUCUGGAUAUUCCUGGUGCUGAAUCUCCCAGAGCUGGCCUACCUGGGUUAUCUGAUCUACCUGAUCACCAUCCUGUGGACACGCCUGGAAACCAAUGCCUGGAAAGCCGAUGGAAUAAUCGGGGUGGUCAUUGCUGUCAUUGUCAAAUCCGGCCUGUUCUUUUCAAUGCUCAGGGCCCCUGGCUGCUUCAGUGACCGAAUCCCUGAAAGAGAGUCUGCCUCGGCCAGCUCCCAUCCCUAGGCAGGGAGAUCGGAUCGUCAACGGUUCCCGACACCAACCACUUCAGUGUUCUGUGAGACAGGAUGCAAAGCAGGAGCCGUGAGCAGUGCACCCCAGACCCAGCGCUGGACGGUGGGAUUAGACUGGACUGACCCGCAUAGACACAGUGGGACAGACGGUGAAUGACUUGCUGCACUCUGUGGUCAGGGAGGGAUGUUUGUUACUGUAAAUUUCAUCCAAUGGUCACUGUGCACGUCUUUUUAUAUCUUUAUUUCUCUACCAAAACUUGGAAAUGAAUUUUUAACUGGUUAGUGGAGAUAACUGAGUUAUUACAGAAUAGAUAUAUUUUAUUAACUGGCUUGUAGCUAUUUUUCAGACUUUGAUACUGUUGCAAUGAAAUUCUCAGGGUUGUCAAAUUCAAU